AUGGACUUGGCGCCGGGUACUGGUUCGUCGAUUCAUUUGACGUCAAAAACCGAAUUUCUAAUUGGUGGUAAAUAUCGUUUGGUACGCAAAAUUGGUUCUGGUUCAUUUGGUGACAUCUAUUUGGGUAUAAACAUAACAAAUGGUGAAGAAGUGGCUAUUAAAUUAGAAAGUGUCAAAGCAAGACAUCCACAAUUGUUGUACGAAUCAAAGUUAUAUAAAAUAUUACAAGGUGGAAUUGGUAUACCGCAUAUACGAUAUUAUGCACAAGAAAAAGAUUAUAAUGUAUUAGUUAUGGAUUUAUUGGGACCAUCACUAGAAGAUUUAUUUAAUUUUUGUUCCCGAAGAUUUACUAUGAAAACAGUUCUUAUGUUAGCUGAUCAAAUGAUUGGUCGAAUUGAAUUUGUCCAUAAUAAAAAUUUUAUUCAUAGAGAUAUCAAGCCCGAUAAUUUCCUGAUGGGCAUUGGAAGACAUUGUAAUAAAGUAUUUCUGAUUGAUUUUGGUUUAGCUAAAAAAUAUCGUGAUAAUCGCACACGACAACAUAUUCCAUAUAGAGAAGAUAAAAACUUAACGGGAACAGCGAGAUAUGCUAGUAUUAAUGCACAUUUAGGAAUUGAACAAAGUCGUCGUGACGAUAUGGAAUCGUUAGGUUAUGUAUUGAUGUAUUUUAAUCGUGGUAGUUUACCAUGGCAGGGUUUGAAAGCAGCAACGAAAAAACAAAAAUAUGAGAAAAUUUCUGAGAAAAAAAUGUCAACACCAGUGGAAAUUCUGUGUAAAGGUUUUCCAGCUGAAUUUGCCAUGUAUUUAAACUAUUGUCGUGGUUUACGUUUUGAAGAAGCUCCCGAUUAUAUGUAUUUGAGGCAAUUGUUUCGAAUUUUGUUUCGAACUUUAAAUCAUCAAUAUGAUUAUACAUUUGAUUGGACAAUGUUAAAACAAAAAGCAGCUAAUGCAGCCUCAUCAACAACAACGACGAAUACGGCCACCGCUAAUGGAGGCGGACAAGCAACAACAGUUGGGGCAAAUGUGACGUCAGGUGGUGGUCCAACGGUUGCUACACCAGGUAAUAGACAGAAUCAAAGACUUUCGCAGAAACAAUCCGCUCAAGAUACAAAUCAUGCAACAGCUGGAGAUCUGACUAUACAGGAUGAUAUUCCAACAACAGCGGGAGAUAUUGCGGAUAGUAUUGCUUAUAAUCGAAAAGAAUCGGCAGAUGAUUAA